AUAACUGCUCAAACGCACAAUGCGCUCUGGACCGCUUUAUUCAGUCGCACAACUUCCCUGCAAUUCCAUUGGUCCCAUGAGGAUGCAGCGGUAGCGGAUUGGAGGAAAGUUUCUCCAGGAGUCCACACACCCCCCACCUCACAGUUAUCCACCGUGCUGUACUGCUUUGAUUCCAGUUGUUUUCGCAUCCACGCUCAGUGAAAGCGGGACCAGGGACUGCUGCCUCACAUCCUGCGGGUGAUGCACAAGUAACGGGCGCGCUUCGACGGGUGAGACUACGUCUGCUGCCUAGAGGGAAGAAAACACCAAAGAGAUUUUGAACAACUUCAGGCAAAAGAGACGGAACAUCAGGAGCCAAAAUGGUGUCGGCGGGAUUGGAGAUCCUGGGGCUUUCGAUGUGCGUAAUUGGAUCGAUCUUGGUGAUGAUGGCGUGCGGGCUUCCCAUGUGGAAGGUGUCGGCUUUCAUCGAGGCCAACAUUGUGGUGGCUCAGAACAUCUGGGACGGUCUGUGGAUGACAUGCGUGGUGCAGAGCACGGGACAGAUGCAGUGCAAGGUGCACGACUCCGUCCUCGCGCUCAGCCACGACCUGCAGGCGGCCAGAGCGCUCACCGUCAUCUCCUCUGUGAUGGGAGUGCUGGGUCUUAUGGUGGUGAUAGCGGGGGCGCAAUGCACCAACUGCAUCCGCACGGAGAAUAUCAAAGCCCGGGUGGUAAACGCCGGGGGUGUGAUCUUCAUCACCAGUGGUCUAUUCGUGCUGGUGCCCAUCUGCUGGAUGGCCAACAACAUCAUAUCGGACUUUUAUAAUCCACAGGUGCUUCCAUCUCAGAAGAGGGAAAUCGGCGCCGCGCUCUACAUCGGCUGGGCCGCCACAGCGCUACUCCUGAUCGGAGGCACGCUGCUGUGCUGCUCCUGUCCAUCCGGUGGCAGCUCGGGAUACUCGGUGAAAUACGCACCGACCAAGAGAGCCGCGCAGAACGGAGACUAUGACAAAAGGAAUUAUGUGUAGCUGUGGCGCACGGCUGCCGUGCGUAAAAACAACAUGCAGCUUUUUGGAAAACUUUUUUGUAACGGGCUCUCUUUUUGAACUUGAAACUUUUGAUCUUUUUUUUUUACUUUGAAAAUCAGAGGAAGCUUUUUUGUUACUGUUUUUACACAAGGUUUUUCUUAUUCCACAUAUUCAAGGGUCCUUUUUUUAAACAAAAGACAAGGACGAUUUUUUUCCUACUUUAAAAACUCAUCAAAGAAGUUCGUAGCAGCUUGUUUUGAAUUGUUUGUGUUGUUUUUGCCUCAUUUUUAUGUACAGAUCUGUUUAAGCUUUUUUUUCUAAAUAUGCACUGUCAGCAAGUUGUACUGUAACCGAGAGUUCUGCGCUUCCACACCUUCAAAUACCAUAAAAGGAGGAGCAAAUACAUAAUUUCACAAAAUACACAAAUCCCAGAGAGAUAUUAUGUGUAGAUUAGGAUUCCUUUCAAUUUGAUGUCAUUUUUUUGCACAGUCGGAUGCAGAGUCUGGUUUGGACAAUGAACACGCCAUAAAGAGCAUCUGCAAAGUUUUUGGCACCCCCCCCCCCCUUUUUUUUUAAACCCGAAGUGCUUUGCUUUUUCGGAAAAAAGGCGUUUUCUUCUGUCAUGCUGAUGUUUGAUGUAAUAAUUUCACAUACUUGUAUAAGAAGAUGAAAUAAUGUUUGUUUGUAUUAAGAUUAAACUGAAUAUAUUGUCUAAAGA